AUGAGCCAACCAAUCUCUGCUGGAACUGAAAUUAAUCCCAAUUCUGGUCCCACUCCUAGAACAGAAAUGUUUAAGGCCACUGGUGACAAUAUUGAUGUCUUUUGGAAGUGGAACAACUUAAAAGACAAAAAUAAUAGGAAGAGUGUCACGUGUGAUUUUUGUCUGAAAACAUCUACUGGUGGAAUUACUAGAGCAAAAAGACAUCAACUUGGAAUAAAAGGCGAUGUAGGUGCUUGUAGAAAAAUUCCUGAGGAUCUAAAAUUGGAAAUGAAGGCUGCCUAUGAGAGUAAAAAAAUUGCCUCAGAAGUAUAUAUGGAGUGCGUAGAUGAAAAUGAAGAGGAGGAUGACAUCCAAGCCAUUGCUAGAAUUAAGAGACCUUCAUCUACAUCAAGUGAAGCCACUUCUGUUUCCAAGAAGAGGGGUAUAAAUGUCAAAGGUCCCCUUGAUUUGCACUUUACUAGAAAGGCAGAAGAAAGUAUCAAAUUGAAUAAGGGGUUGUGGCAAACAAGUUUAAAUGAUGCUUGUAACAAGGAAGCAAGAGCAAGGGUAAUUCAAUACAUUGCUCGCUUUUUUUAUCGGAAUGGAAUUGCAUUUAAUGUUGCUAGAUCAAAGAGCUUCAAAUUGAUGGUUGAAGCUAUUGGCACCUAUGGUCCCCAUUUAAAGCCACCAAGCUACCAUGAAUUAAGAGUGCCACUCCUUAAAAAAGAGUUGGAAUACACCAAGGGCUUAUUGAAGGGCCAUGAAGAAGAGAGAGUAAAAUAUGGGUGCUCAAUUAUGUCUGAUGGUUGGACAGAUAGGAAAAGUAGAACUUUGAUUAACUUUUUGGUUAAUAGUUCAAUGGGAACAAUGUUUGUGAAGAGUGUGGAUGCUUCUGAAUAUACCAAGACCGGUGAGAAGGUAUUUGAACUUUUAAAUAGUUUUGUUGAGGAAAUUGGAGAGAAAAAUGUUGUUCAAGUAGUAACAAAUAAUGGAAGCAAUUAUGUUAUGGCGGGCAAAAUUUUACAAACUGUGAGACCACAUUUAUUUUGGACUCCAUGUGCUGCUCAUUGUCUUGAUUUGAUGCUAGAAGAUAUUGGAAAGAUCCCUAAAGUCAAAAGGGUAAUACAAAGAGGCAUCAAGCUCGUGGGUUACAUUUAUAAUCAUACCUUGACCCUAAACACCAUGAGGAAGUAUACAAAUAAGGUUGAAUUGGUGAGGCAUGGAGUUACAAGAUUUGCUACCACCUUCCUUACUUUGCAACGAUUGCAUAAGUUAAAGGCAAAUCUUAGAAGGAUGUUUACUUCCGACGAAUGGUUGCAAUCAAAAGGAGCCAAAGAACCUAAGGGGAAGAAAGCAACGGAGAUUGUUCUUAUGCCUACAUUUUGGAGUGAUGUUGUUUAUGCUUUAAAGGCUAUGGGGCCUAUUGUACGUGUGUUGAGGUUGGUAGAUAAUGAAAAAAAACCGGCAAUGGGUUACAUUUAUGAAGCAAUGGAGAGGGCUAAGGAGGCAAUUCAAAAUUCUUUUAAUCAUAAUGAAGAAAAAUAUAAGGAUAUAUUUGCAAUUGUUGAUAGAAGAUGGGAUUGUCAACUCCAUCAUCCGUUGCAUGCAGCAGGAUAUUAUCUAAAUCCUGAGUUUUAUUACAAAAAUUCAACAAGAAUGGAUGCUGAUGAUGAAGUGGUGGAUGGCCUUUUCAAAUGUAUUGAUAGGCUUUGUGAAAAUAAUGACAUUGUAGACAAUGUUCACAAUCAAUUGGCAAUAUAUAAAAGGGCAGGAGGAAGAUUUGGCAUUCCUGCAACAGUUAGAGCAAGGGUUAAAAUGGCUCCUGCUGAGUGGUGGAAGAUGUAUGGAGGACAUACACCACAUUUGCAAAUUGUUGCCAUUAAGAUUCACUCAAAGAAGAGAAGUAAGCUUGAGCACCAAAAGCUUCAAGACUUGAUUUUUAUUAAAUAUAAUCAAGCUCUUCAAUAA